AUGCCUUUGAAUCUGGUCAUUGACUUUCCUGAGGAUGAAGAUGAGCCAUGGGUCAUCGAGCACAGAAUUUUCGAUGUCCUCAGUGAGUAUUUGCAGCCGACUUCUCAGGCGUCUCCUCCGGAAGUUGCUCUCAAGUUCAACGAGCUAUUCCAGCUCAACCAGCGCGAGAACGAGAAGGCGAACCCCGAAGGAUUUCUGUGGCAGCUAUGGGACAUUGUAUUCAAUGUCGCAGAGCAGGUCCCAUAUAGCCACACCUCCCAAGAUCGGCUCGUUGAGUUGAUUGCGGCACUGCGCGACGCGCAUUUUCAGCCGAACCCUUUCGCCGAGCUGAAAUGCAUGGGCCCAGCGUUGACCGAGAGAUUUAACCAAAUUUCCACAGAGCCGCCUACUUCUGACGAUGGAGAAGGAAGCAACCCCUGGAAGAACCUCAACGCGCUCGCUGCUCGCCUCACACGUGCUGGUUUCGGCGUGCGCAGCCGCGACGCCGUCAUCGCCUUCUCGCUGGCGUUGGAAAACCGUCCGCAUCCGCGGUCGCGCGCGUAUCAGGAGAGGGGUCGCGCCCUCAAUUUCCACGUCCCGAUCGCUGCGGACUGGAUGCAGAAGUGUGCUCGCGAGCUGUACCUGCAGAUGAAGUCUGGAGAGUCCGUUGAGGGCCCUCCAUGGAAAGGGAAGAGGGGUAUUUUUGACGAGCGCUGGAACUUCUGGAAGGAGCAAUUUGGUGAUAUCGCCGAGCGUGAGGAUGCGUGCAAGGAUGCUGUGAGAGAGGGGGCGAGACUGGCCGCUCAGAAGAUGAUUGAGGCUGAGAGCAGCGAUGAUGUUUGA